AUGGCCCGUGACGUACACAUUAAUAGUUGCCAUAUUGCGGCUACUUUUAGGGGCAAGGCGAAACGGGAGGUGUCUCUUGAAGAGCUAAGAGAACACAUUCACCAAUACUACAUACCUUUGGGCCGACAAUUCAUGGUGCUGUUCCCCGAGGGUGGCUUCUUGCACAAGAGGAGAGAGAUUAGCCAAAGGUUCGCCGAGAAGAACAAUUUGCCUAAGCUAGAAUAUGUAUCUUUGCCUCGGGCUGGAGCUUUGAAAGUGAUCAUGGAAGAAGUUGGACCCCACAGGGAACAAGCUGGUACAUCUAAAAGUGAUAAUAAGAAAGAAAACAACGUCAACAAUAGCAAGCACAGCAAUAGCAAGAUUCUGGACACCAAUUCUGGAGACAGCAUUGAGUGGAUCCUAGAUGUGACGAUCGCGUACCCAGAUCGUAUUCCUCUGCAUCUGAUUGACGUGGUGUGUGGCUUCCGUGAAGCCUGCUCCACUCAUAUACAUUAUAGAUUAUAUCCUAGCACUGAGGUACCUUCAGACCCUGAAGCCAUGACGAACUGGUUGUACGAUCGAUUCAUAGAAAAAGACAAAAUGUUAGAAGAAUUCUACCGCACUGGGCAGUUCCCGUCCAAAGGGAACGUGCCAUCAGUGUCACGAACAGUGAGACAGGACAACGUACGAUAUCUCAUAUUGCAUUUAUUCUUCAUGGCAUCGACCUUUAUGCAAUAUAAGGUGCUGUGUGCGCUACUGAGCUUUAUUUGGUAA